AUGGCCACUGAUCCCGCCAACCUCCCUGCCGAAAUAUACCUGGACAUCCUCUACGAUGCAUCCUCAGGCCAGCCCAACCAGGACCCGUUCACAUGGCACCACAACACCCUCGUCCCAGCAGGCCUUUGCCUAGUCAGCCACAAAUGGCGCUCAAUCAUCACCCCGCUGCUGUACUCACGCUAUGAAUUCGACGGCCACCCGCGGCGGGUGCGCAGUCUAUGGCGGUUCUUUCGUUCGGUCGUGUCUGACCCUUUACUAGCUGCGGGCGUGCGGCAUUUGAGCUUUGCAAGCUGUUCCGCUUACAGGAAGAAUGAUGAUGAUGAUGAUGAUGAUGAUGAUGAUGAUGAUGAUAGGGAUCAAAUCCCUACAUACUAUGCCGAACAUAAGUCGCUCAUUACACAGGCCAUGCUCGAUUCUGGCCUCUCGCGGGAUUCGGAGCUAGAUGCUCAGGCGCACCGAGCUCUGCAGGCUGGCGAUUUUAGGCCUCUAGUUGCCCUGAUUCUGGCUCAUGUGCCCAACUUGACUCGAUUGGAGAUGCAGGUGGCCAGGUCAGAUCCUUUCCUAGAUGCGAUUUUGGACUAUUCGGUUUCGCUGGAUGAGCCGGCUUGUGUUCCGACGAGGGUGGCGUUUCAAAAUUUGACCAGGCUUUACUUAGCUGGUGCAAAGCUUCAUGAUGAAGAGGAGGAGUCGCCAGAUUUUGCUGCAGUGUCUAACUCAUUGGAGUGCCCGCUCUAUAUCAAUCGCCAUCGUCCGCUUGUGCAACUGCCCAAGUUGACGGAGUUGUUUCUACUUGGUGUGGAAAUAGAUGAAGAUAUAAGUCACUGGCACCCUUCAUCGCGCAUCUCUCAUCUGGCCAUGGUAUAUCCAGUCAGCAGCAGUCUGGAAAAUUUGCGACUUCUUCUCGAACGCAUGCCCGAGUUGGCGUAUCUAUCUCUUUGCCUCCCUUCCACAGACUCCAGUAACGUCUACAGACGCCACCAACAGCUAUGGUCCGCUCUUCGCCCUGUGCGCACAAAAUUGAAAUAUCUCGAUCUCAACGAGGGUCUAUCAAGAAACACAUCAGGGAGCAUCAGAACAGGAAUGCAUGAUGAUGAUGGCCUCAGAAGCAGCAACAACGAUGCUGAUGACUCGUAUUGCUGCCCACUGCGCACCUUCAGACAGCUACGAUAUCUCGCUAUCACACCUCUACUUCUCUACGGCCACAAAUGCCGACACGACGCAAAACUCGCGAACCACCUGCCCCUUUCCCUCGAAUCCUUCGCGCUCUACGACUGGAACACCCCAAUACUCAAAAGAUUUCUCAUCACAAAUCUCGAGGACGAAAUGGGGCUUAUCGCGCUGACAAAGCCGACUAUACCGCUAAACUCGAUCGUUGUGCAGGCCGAGUGGCGGCCCACAAGCUAUGGAUUGCCGUAUGCGAAGAUGAAGUAUUUCGCGGACCAGAAGCACGUCAUGUUCAAUACGGCGGCGAGGGAUUUCACGUUUGGAGCUGGUGAGGAUAUGCCUUUUGCGUGGAAGGGAUAUCAGGCUGGUAGGGAGAGGAGACGGAGGGGGUAUCGUGUGAGGACGAAACAUACGCAUGUGCUUCCGAGGGGUUUGGAGGUUUUUGGGUGUAGGGGGCGACUGGAUGAGGAUUGGAUUUAG